UGCGGUUGGUGGCGUGACAGCGGGGGGUGGGGGGGCUGUACGGGAACCGAGCAGGGUCAGGCUCAACGCGAUGGCUCUAUGGAGCAAGGGCGGCCGAAUGGGCCUGGGCCUCGACAUGGGUCUGGCCCGUCUGGUCUGCGCGCGGGAGUUGCGGUGUUCCCGCAGGCAGAGCCGCGAAUCCCAGCAAGGGGAAAGCGCUGAAAGGCCACAGUCUGCAUCAGAGACGAGAAGGCUGCCCAAGAUCUACACCAAAACAGGAGACCAAGGUUUUUCCAGCACUUUCACUGGGGAAAGAAGACCCAAGGACGACCAAGUGUUUGAAGCCUUGGGAACAACGGAUGAAUUAAGUUCAGCUCUUGGGUUUGCCAUAGAAGUCAUGACAGAAAAAGGCCACACGUUCAUAGAUGAACUUGAGAAAAUCCAGUGCAGGCUACAGGAUGCCGGCUCGGCCAUCGCGACGCCGCUGUCUUCGGCCAGGGAGGCUCACUUGAAGCGCACGGCGUUCAGUGAGGAUGCCAUCCUAGACCUGGAGCGCUGGAUAGACGCAUACACGAGCCAGCUCCCUGCCCUCACGGCUUUCAUUCUGCCUUCAGGAGGCAAGAGCAGUGCGGCGCUCCACUUAUGCCGGGCUGUGUGCCGCAGAGCUGAGAGAUGUGUGGUUCCGCUAGUCCAGGCUGGGCAGACGGAUGCAAACGUGGCCAAAUUCUUGAACAGACUCAGUGACUAUCUCUUCACUUUGGCCCGAUACACAGCCAUGAAAGAGGGGAAGGAAGAAAAAAUAUACCGAAGACAGGACCCCUAAGGCUGAGGCGUGCUGGGAAAAUCCUGUAAAGAGAGAGGCCAGUGCCCUCCUCCCCCCAUCCCAGCAAGGUGGGGGCAAGAGUUAGCAUGUGGAGCGUGCGGACCCAGGACUGUCCUGAUGAAAAGUCUGAACCCCCUCACCCCCGCUCACAUCACAUCCCCCCACAGCUUCAUCCCGGACUCUCGUCAACUCUGAGCAGCCAGUGCUCCCGAGGACUGGGCCUCUGAAAACAAAACUGUUGGACACUUGGAGGCCAGAUGCCAAAGGUGACCAAAGGAUAAAAGGAAUGCCUGAGUCCAGUGUGUAUGUGUGUGUGUGCAUACGUGUGUGCGUGUGUAAAGUUCCUGAAGCCCUCCCGUGGCCAGCCUUCCUCGAACUUCAGGGAUUCAGCAGAGCGCUUGAGCACAUCCACAACGUAAAUGUGAUUUACCUGUGCCAGAGGGGCCUUAAAUGUCACAUUUAUAAAGGAAAAGCCAGCAGGA